AUGCAAUCACAGUUUCACGAUAUUCCCACAAUUCCAAACACUUCCAGCGCCUCCGUCCCAUCCACCUCCUCCGAACAUGGCAUCCUCGCAAAUGAACUGCAGUCUGCAGACCUGCAUGACUCUGUCAAUGUCGCAGAGCGUUCAGGUCGCGCAGACGAAGGAGGCGAAGCGUCUUCGGUCGAUACCGAGGGCGCCCAAGACGAAUUCAGGAGAUUGAAUUUGAGAGAGAGUAACGAAGAACGACCUAAGCCAUCUUUCCAAAGGAUAUCUGAAUAUGAAAACGCGUUAUCUCCAUCACCACCGAGAAAAGCAAGUGAAGGACCUGGAUUCAAGGUUGUGAAGAAGAAGGGAGGCAGAACUGAUGGUCCACAACUUGACCAAUUUCCAAAUGAGGUUUUGACACACAUCUUGUCACAUCUACCGGCUGCCUCUCUUUCUGCGGUCUCGGUUGUCUCUCGGAGAUUUUACAGCCUAGUCACCACGCCCCACGCCUGGCGCAUCGCAUUUUCUCGUUUCUUCCCUGGCCAAGAUGCGAUUGAUGCACCUCUGAACACAAAUCGACGUGGCUCUGAUCUGGAAUCUAGGGAGCAGCUCCGCUCUGAGCAGCGCGUCUUCACUAGGUUGACUGGUCUUGCUUCUUGGCGAAGUGAAUACAUCUUGCGAACACGGUUGCUGAGGAGUCUGGCGCGGGGGAAGCCAGCACAGAUUGCUCCUGGCCAUGGUGCGUCGACUCGGUCAAACAGCGCUGCCAAUAAUGCCAAUGCGGUUGUCACGUACGGCUCUCAAUUGUUUACUCCUGUCAAUUAUAUCCAUGCUGUUUGGAACAAUGGCAAGAAGUCCCCUCGUUUCAUACAUGGCUCGGAGGAGUCUGGUGCGGCUUGUACCAGUGAUCCAAAUAUCGGUAAGAUUGAUAAUUGGGGUCUGGCCGAUCCACAGGCAUUGCCUCAAUUUGCCGACUUGUUUAUUGGAGAAGAACAGUAUGGGUUCGGUGAAGGUCCAGCAGCUGUACCAAACUUGAUGGAUCUCAGUCAGCCUUUUGGGAUGAUAUAUGGUGAGGGUUUCCCUGGAGGUCAGGUCUACUUCAGAUCCUCGGAAGAACAACGCGGACGUUUUAUCAGCCAGCCAAAUGAUAUCAUUGACCAUCAACAUGGCAUUCCUACUUUCCCAGGAAUGACUGAGGCUUCUUCUGCAGUCUGGAUUGCAAAGUCAAAUGGUGUAUCACAAGCUACUGAUGGCCUCGUUGGUAUGAUGACUGGAUCAACGUUAGGAGUCGUCACUGCCUACUCUCUCGGCGCUGAUACUCCGUUUGGCCGGCGCAUCGUGAGAGGGCAAAUGACAGCAAAAUGGAUUCUCAGUCCCGGCGUUCCAAUCAUCGCCAUCAAGGUCGAUGACUCGUACAACCCUCGGCGCAGAGCAUCAGGUAGGAUUUGGGCAGUAGCAUUGAAUGCGUUAGGCGAAGUCUUCUACUUGAUCCAACCUUUGGUAUCACCUCUUAUUGAGUCCAAACUCGAUGAGGGUGCCAGUGGCAGGCAUGCUUGGAAGACCGGUCGGUCUGCUUACUGGCAUCUGGCAGAGCCGUCCCGCCGGGUAGCCAGGGAAGAUCCAUAUAAUACUUCGGAAACUCCAGGAUCCUACACGCCGCGAUCGUCAUCCAAGUCCAUGCGACUCUCUAAGGGACAAAUUGUCGCUGAGACUGUCGAGAUUGAGAGGUACCUAGCUUAUCCUCCGUCGCACUUUCGCAAGAUUUGCGAUGGUUGGGACAUGCGACGAAGACUAGAAGUUGAUUUUGCCGGCGAUGAUGGCAAUGGCGCAGGUGAAGCCAUUGUCGUUAUUAGCUGUGGAAUUGAUGAAGGCACAGCACCUGAGAUCAAGAGAUUCACAAGGUGGAAGGUUGAGCAGGCUUCUCGCGCUGAAUACCCGGAGCCAAAAACACCCCCGAUGGCACCGAAGACUGUAUCCAUGGCAUCUCUUUUCGGUGGCGGCAACGUUGUCACACCUCCUCGCAAUCCAUCCCCUGAGCGCUCAGUCUUGUCUUCCAUAAUGAGUAGAAGUCCAGCAGCUAGCCCAUUGAGAAAGUCUUCACCUGAUCAGUCGUCGACGCCAGGUACACCCUCGUCUCGCAUCAUGUCCAACAAUCUUAUGGAGGAAUGGCGGACCUCAAUCUUCGCUCUUAAAGAUCAUGCCAUUGACGAGAUCACAACCAGCUCGAUGGACAUCUCUACAUAUGCUCUGCUCACCGUUGAUGAGGAUCCUCUUCGUACUGUGAAUGGCAGUUCUGAGUACUCCUCGCCCUUUGGAACGCCUGGAGACGCCGACAUUGGAGGAGCUCAAAUACCCGGCCACCGAGCAAGAUUCCUGGCUGUUGGCACUAAGACUGGAGUCGUUCAAUUAUGGAAUAUGCGAGGACCGCAAUCUCUCAAUCCCGUAAUGGUCAAUGAACUGCAGCCACUGCGUACCAUUUACACGGAUUCCCCGCAGAUAUCCUGCCUAGCUGUUUCUGCUCUAUACAUUGUGCACGGUGGCAACGAUGGUCUUGUACAAACUUGGGACCCACUGGCAUCGAACAUGCAACCAGUUAGGACGCUCAACUCUCGGUUCUCUUCCCGUGCCAGACGUCGGCUCGUUCAAGCAGAGGCGUCGGUUCUUGGUGUAGGCAUCAACCUGUAUGCCGCUGGCGCGAUCGCGCUGGAUCCCGAUCCGACUGUUCUCAGAGGCAUGGUCUCAUUAGGAACUCACCUACGGUACUGGUCAUAUAGCUCGUCUGCUGCAGAUCAAUACCAGAGUAAGAAACGCAAGAUCCGUCGUUCCAACGAGCGUGGAACGAACGGAGGCCCUGAUAGAUUUACCACUACUGGCAGAGGAGCUUUAAUGGACUACAUCGCUACUGAACAGGAAGAGCUCAAAAAAGAGAAGCUUCGGCGUGCCAGAGAAGAAGCUCGCCUCGCAGGCAGAUUUGGUGUUGGAUUAGGGGGGUUGAGUGAGGAUGAGGCUCUUCGAUACGCGGAGAUGGUCUCGGCCGAAGCUUUUCAGAAAGACCAAGAGCGUCGUAUGAGUAUGAGCGAGUCAGGGUACAGUGCAGAUGCUGGCGAAUCUGGCUCUGGCUUCGACAAAGCUGUUUGGAGCAGUAGUGCUACUGUGACCCCGGAAGGCAGCAUUCAAGGUCGCUCAGCAACUUCACCCCAACUUAAGACCGACGAUGAAUUUGAGCAAGAUAUCGAAGAAGCCAUCCGUAUGUCUUUGAUGGACGGCGUAGACGAAGGCGGUCGCUCGCCGCGUGCUUCUGGAUCGGGCGGAUAUGACAUACCAAUCAUGUACAAGGCAAAGAAAUCUCGGCGCUCUGCCUCCAGCUCGCCAGCAUCAAGCAAGACCCGUGGGAAGAGUAGUGCCUCACGCAUCAAACGUGUGGAGCCUGUCGCUGCUGAUGACUUGGAUUAUGCCCUGCAACUGAGUCUUGCAGAAGCGAGGAGUCAGGGUAUGGAUGUCGACAGCAGACCUGAGGGUGAUGAAGUUGACUACCCAAUACUUGCUAGUCCUACGUCAAAGGGCAAAGGAAAGGGAAAGAAAUUUUGA